UUCUCCUGUUUUUGUUUACUUCCUUGUAUUUGGGGAUAUCAAACAUUAUCAUACGCAGUUUCCAUCAUGACCGCCACUGGAAAAGGUGCGAAAUGUAAACAGAUCAUCAGUAUUAUUUUCAAGAUAUUCGUCGUGUUCGGCUUCCUUUACCUGUUCAUCUGUGCGCUAGGAUUUCUGGGAGAUGCCUUUAAACUCGUGGGAGGAAAGACGGCGGGCAAAGCAUUUCGUGAGAACGAGCUGCUAUCGAACCCCGUGGCGGGCCUCAUGAUCGGUGUACUGGCUACUGUACUACUUCAAAGCUCCUCCACAACCACCUCUAUCAUCGUCACUAUGGUUGGCUCCGGAAUUAUACCAACAAUGACUGCUAUCCCUAUGGUGAUGGGCGCUAAUAUUGGCACCUCUGUCACGAACACACUAGUGGCUCUCGCACAAUUUGGGAAUCGCGAGGAGUUCAAGAGAUCGUUUGCCGGAGCAACAGUCCAUGACAUGUUCAAUUGGUUGACAGUUCUGAUUCUCCUACCGUUAGAGGUCGCUACCCACUAUCUCUACAGUCUUACUGACGUCAUUAUAAAUAGUUUGGACCUGUCCAAGUCAUCUGGGAAGAAACGUGACAUCCUCAAAGCUAUAACUAAACCAUUCACGAGUCUCGUUGUAAAGGUAAAUAGUAAAGUCAUUAAGGAUAUUGCCGUGGAGAAGGCCGGGGCAGAGGACAAGAGUGUCCUCAAGCGAUGGUGUAAGACGAUGAAGGUCCAUGUCAACACAUCAGCAGAUCACGGGUUCAACUCAGGGAAUGCAUCAUUUGCACCGCCCAUAGAGCAGUCUACUCUUUUCAAUCAAACACAAAAUGUGUCAAAGCUGUCGGAAAAGAUGGUCAAAUUUGAAACAAAAAACUUAGAAAGAUGUAAUAAUCUUUUGGCCCUGACUGAUAUGGACGACAGUGCCGCUGGUGCCCUCCUCAUGGUCCUGUCAUUUGGCCUCAUCAUCGUCUCCCUCGUCGUUAUCGUCAAGCUCCUCAACUCUAUGUUAGAGGGUUCGGUAGCAGCGGUGGUCAAGAGAAGCAUUAACGCCAAUUUUCCAGGAAAACUCUCCUUCCUCACUGGCUACGUGGCCAUCUUGGUCGGAACAGGUAUGACAAUGGUAAUACAGAGCAGCUCCGUGUUCACAUCAAUUCUCACGCCACUUGUUGGUGUGGGGGUGGUUUCCCUUGACCGGAUGUUUCCAUUGACGGUUGGGGCAAAUAUUGGUACCACUUUGACAACAAUCAUGGCAUCACUUUCACUUCCCGCCGACCAAAUUCCACAUUCGCUCCAGGUCGGACUUUGUCAUCUGUUCUUUAAUGUGUCAGGGACGAUCCUGUUUUAUCCUAUCCCAUUUAUGAGAAAGGCCCCAAUCGGUUUGGCAAAGAUGCUUGGCAAUGUGACGUCACGAUAUCGAUGGUUUUCCUUCUUUUACAUUGCCAUAGCGUUCUUCCUCGUGCCCGGUACAGUGCUCGGCCUUUCCCUUGCCGGAACCACAGUCCUUCUGGCGGUGGGAAUACCCCUCCUCACAGCCAUCAUUAUCAUCAUUCUUAUCAACGUCCUUCAACAAAAAACGAACAAUUGUUUACCCACAAUCCUGAGAAAUUGGGACUUCCUGCCAGAACCCCUGCACUCGUUGGAUCCAUUAGACAGGGUCAUAGCUAGGGUCACAGGAAUGUGCAAGUGCUGUAGUAGGAGGGACGAAUCAACUUAUGCUGAAGAGGGCAAUCUUAACGGGAAAUCAAACAGAGCAUUGGAACUAAACGAAGAACGUUUAUGAGUGUGUAAGGAAUUGUCAUUAAUGACCUUUAUCCUGAUGAUCUUAUCAAUGCAAGUUUAUGUUUGUUUGUACAGGUGAUGGUAUUAUGAUGAAAUGUUAUACAUUCAAACUGUCCUAUGAUUUUCAAAUGCCAUUGACAUUGGUUGGAUAUAUAUGAAAGGUUAAAAUGUCAGAAACACGUUUUUCUGAUAUCUACGUGUUUCUGAUUUUUGACUUAUCAUAUUCUACCGGACAAUGAGAACAUAAUACGAUUUAGGGUGUGUAUAUAUCUUAGACAUGGUGUAAUUUCAAAAGGCAAUUUCAACUGAAACAUGAUAAUAUAUUGUACUUAUGACAUCGAAACACAAAUGACGAAGAAAGAUUUUUUUGAUUUUUUUUUUUAAUUUCAAAAGAAGGCUUCAAUGCAGUUUCGAACCCUUCUUUUUCAAGAAGGCCAGGAACUGCCGAUAUUUCUAGGCUGGGCGAUGUAGUGCCGUAAGUUGUGAGUUCGAAACCCGGACAAGUCACGAGUCCUACUUCGUCCUUUGUGUUUCUAUGGCAUUAUUUAAACUAUGUAAUACAUGAACAACGAUAUGUUAUUUUGUACGUAUAGCUAUGACUGUUAGACUGCUGUCAAGUUACUUCAUGUCAACAGACGUGAAUAGAAUGGGUUAAAACUGCUGUUUGAACCAUUUUGCAUAUGAGACUACAGCAUCUGAAUACCACACAAACCCAUAUGAAAUUACUAACACAGGAGUAAAGUGUGCUUGGACGUCAAGUUUAAAAUUCUGGUAUGUUGCACACAAUGUUACAAGACUGUAUCAGUCUCCUAUCAACCUUUUUGAUACAUUUGAUAGCUAUACAGCAAGUCAACAUAUCGACAGACAAUAUCCUUUUGUUGUUCAAUGUCGUAAAACUCGUCGUGCACAUAUUGCCAUUAUAUUCAUUUCAUGUUUAAAAAAAAGAAGAUAAAAAGAAAUCCCGACACCAGAAAUAUGUGAAAAUGCCAAUGAAUUAAAAAUUUAACAAUUAAACAAUUAUAAUUGUGUUGCUUAUCAAAUGCUCUAGUAGUGACACCUAGUACGGAAAUAAC